AUGCGCUACUCUGCUCUCAUCGCCGGUUUGGCAACUCUAGUCAUCGCCAACCCCACUCCUCAGGACUUCGAUUUCCCCGAGGAUGUCGACACUGCUCCAGCUAUCAGCGUGCCUAUCGGAUCCGGAACACAGAUCAUUCCUCUCGACAUCACUGCCGCUGUGAAAGAAGUUGUUGCCGAUGUUUUGACCGAUCCAUCUUCUGACAUUCCUGCCGAGGCCCCCAAUUCCAUCUCCAAGAGAUCUCCCAAGCGAGCACGCGCUCUGCAAGCUCGUGGCACCUGCAAUGCCCAGCCUCUUGGAAGCGGCCCUGCAGUCUACCCCGACACUGCAGAUGCUUUUGUCAACUCGUAUGCUCUCGCCGAGGUUGCUGAGUCUGCCAGCACCCCUUAUGGCUACUAUGAGGCCUUCGACAACCUUCAAGGCUCCGUCAGCGCUGCCGGCUACAGAGGCUACAAGACCUAUACUAGCUACGAUGUCAACAAGGCAGCUGCCGACUGUAAGGCUAUCAAAGGCUGCAAAGCCUUCAACAUCUUCUUCGAGCGUGACCCUUCCAUCGACCCUUGCGCCACAAACAAGGAUCCACCAUCGACCAACGUGAUCAAAGCUUCCUUCUGGAGUGUCCCCAUUUGCGCAAAGGACGCUACUAACACCGGCCAAUACCGCGAAAAAUUCCACGUUGUCAUCGCCGGCUCAAAUGGCUACAACUUGGUCGACUGCGCUGGCGACGUUGAUGGCUGGACUAAGGAGACGUACGACGGCUGCACCAUCAACGCC